AUGAGUGGACGGUCGCAGCACAUAGUUGGCAUCCACUACGCCGUGGGUCCCAAGAUUGGAGAAGGGUCAUUCGGUGUUAUUUUUGAAGGGGAAAAUGUGCUCAACAACUCGUCAAGUCCUGUUGCCAUAAAGUUCGAACCUCGGCGCACGGAGGCCCCACAGCUCCGGGAUGAAUUCCGUGCUUAUAAAAUACUUAACGGACUGGAAGGAAUCCCUAAAGCUUACUACUUCGGCCAAGAGGGAAUGCAUAAUGUCCUCAUUAUCGACUUGCUGGGUCCGUCCUUGGAAGAUCUUUUUGAGUGGUGUGGACGCCGGUUUUCGGUCAGAACCACUUGUUUGCUUGCUAGGCAGAUGAUAAGGAGAGUUCAGUCUAUCCAUGAAAGGGACUUAAUCUACCGCGAUAUAAAGCCCGAUAACUUCCUGGUUGCGGAAUAUCAACGCAAGCUACCCAAUGGGCAAUUAGUCAAGAACUGCGCCGCCUCCGCUCAUGGGGAUUCAAACAUGGUGUACGUUGUUGACUUCGGUAUGGCCAAGCAGUAUAGGGAUCCCAAAACAAAGCAACACAUACCUUACAAAGAAAGGAAAUCUCUAAGUGGGACGGCCCGCUACAUGUCAAUUAAUACGCACUUCGGACGCGAACAAUCACGACGGGAUGACUUAGAGUCACUGGGGCAUGUCUUUUUCUACUUCUUGAGAGGAUUUUUGCCUUGGCAAGGCCUCAAAGUUGCUAACACAAAGCUCAAGUACGAAAAAAUCGGACUUACGAAACAAAAAGUGCGGCCCGAAGAUCUUCUUGAGCCCAAUAUUCCAAGCCAGUUUGCGGCAUACUUAAGUUACUGCAGGUCUCUGCGCUUCGAACAAGAGCCAGAUUAUGACUUUUUAGUUUCCUUGAUGGACCAAGCUCUUCAAGAGCAAGGGUACGACGAUGAUGAACAUUAUGACUGGCAAGACCUAAACCAGGGCCAAGGCUGGAACAUUGGUAUAAACAGAAGAGCAAACCUUCAUGGUUAUGGUAACCCAACGCCAAAGACCUCGCAAGCUAGAAAGUCGGCACCUAGAGUUCAUCGCGACUCUUUCUCUAAAGCUCAAAGACUAAGAUCUCAAAUGAAUAACCAAGCUGGUAAUAGGGAUAAAGGGGGCAACGUUGUCCAGGCAUAUGAUUCUAUGGGUAACCGUCGUGGCAAUUUCUCGGGCCGCCAGCAGAAUGACGCAGAUUCUAUUGAAGAGCAAGGCUGCUUUGCAAAACUCUGCUGUUGGUGCUGA